ACCCCAGCCCAGGUGCUGAGCUGGUAGGCAUUGUGGGAGGGCAAAAUGCCCCCCCUGGGAAGUGGCCAUGGCAGGUGAGCCUGUGGAUCUCACCCCCGACAGAUAAGAUGUGGAGGUUCAAGUGUGGGGGCUCCCUCAUCCACCCCCAGUGGGUGCUGACUGCAGCUCACUGCAUUCCAGGGGAAAACCCAGUGCCUCAGAACUUCACGGUCCAAGUGGGACAAGUGAGACGCUCACACAUUCACAGCAUCCAAGUGGCUGAGGUCAUUCGUCACCCCAAGUACAACAUCACACAGAAGGGAAAAGGUGGGGCGGACGUGGCACUUCUCAAGCUGAAGGCCCCCGUGAAACAGUCUAACCUGGUCAACUGGGUCACCCUGCCACCAGCAAGGCUCACGGUCCCCUCAGGCAUGAGGUGCUGGGUGACAGGCUGGGGUCGCAUUGCUGUCAAUGAGCUGCUGCCCCCACCCCACCACCUGCAAGAGGUGGAGGUCCCCAUUGUGGCCCACAAGAUCUGCAGGCAGCGAUACCAACAGAUCAACCGGUUUAUCAAGGACGACAUGCUGUGUGCAGGGAGCAAGGGCCGGGACUCCUGCCGGGGUGACUCUGGGGGCCCCUUGGUCUGUAACGUGAUCGGCACCUGGUUGCAGGUUGGAGUGGUGAGUUGGGGGACAGGCUGUGGCCAUCCCAACUUUCCUGGAGUCUAUGCCCGAGUGACAUCCUUCUUGUCCUGGAUCCACCGCUAUGUCAACUCAUCUACUUGAGCCCAGGGCAGGGACAAGAAUGUUGCCCACAUGUGAUGAAGGCAGUCACUCUAGGGAGUUUGGGGGACCCUCCCUACUCCUUGCCCAAAGCUAGCUUUUCACUGCACCUAGCACCUUCCUCCACCCCCUGCUCUGAAUACCUUCUGCCUGUCCCCUCCUUCAGCAUCUGUCUCUCCCUUGACAGGUAAAAGGGAGAGGCCCCACUGGGGUCAGGGUGGGAGGUAGCAUUCCAGGUCUCCUGCCCACUCUGUAGCUCAUUAAACUGCAUCAAAACCAGAA